AUGGAAGCACAGAAUAUCACAAGGGUGUCAGAGUUUAUCCUCUUAGGAUUCUCACAGACCCGGGACCUUGAGAAAUUCCUGUUCCUGGUGUUCCUAUUUGUCUAUGUCACCACUGUUGUGGGAAACCUCCUUAUCAUGGUCACAGUGACUUUUGACUGCCGGCUCCACAUGCCCAUGUAUUUUCUGCUCCGAAACCUGGCUGUCAUAGACCUCUGUUAUUCCACUGUCACUUCUCCAAAGAUGCUGGUGGACUUCCUUCAUGAGGUCAAGACCAUCUCCUACCAGGGCUGCAUGACUCAGAUCUUCUUCUUUCACCUCUUGGGAGGUGGGACUGUCUUCUUUCUCUCAGUGAUGGCUUAUGACCGCUACAUAGCCAUCUCCCGGCCCCUCCACUAUGUUACCAUCAUGAACACUCAGCUCUGUGUGGGGCUAGUGGUGGCUGCUUGGUUAGGGGGAUUUGUUCACUCCAUUGUCCAGCUGGCUUUGAUGCUCCCCUUGCCUUUUUGUGGUCCCAAUGUUCUGGAUAACUUCUACUGUGACAUCCCACAAGUGCUGAGACUUGCCUGCACUGACACCUCCCUCCUGGAGUUCCUCAUGAUCUCCAACAGUGGAAUGCUGGUCCUCAUCUGGUUUAUUCUCCUUCUGAUUUCUUACACAGUCAUCCUGGUGAUGUUGAGGUCCCAUUCAGAGCAGGCGAGGAAGAAGGCAGCUUCUACCUGCACCACCCACAUCAUUGUGGUGUCUAUGAUCUUCAUUCCCUGUAUCUAUAUCUAUGCCCGGCCCUUCACCCCCUUCCCCAUGGACAAGGCUGUGUCCAUCAGCUACACGGUCAUGACCCCCAUGCUCAAUCCCAUGAUCUAUACUCUGAGGAACCAGGAGAUGCAAGCAGCCAUGAAGAGAUUAGGCAAGCGUCUAGUAAUAUGUAACAGGGAGUGAACUUAAUAUAUCUUGACUCAGGAGUGUCUGGGUGGCUCAGUUGGU